GUGGAUGAGUAGAUCCACUAUAAGUGGCGAUCCACGCAGAUUACACGCAGGUGCACGGCCAGUUCGGAAAUGAAGUGUCUCGUGCGGUAGUUGGAAGUGGUGAACGCGAAACGAACACGCACACACGUCGUACAACUUCUCUCUACAACGAACGGGCAACGAGGUUGCGUUACGUCGAGAAGUAUGCCGCAGUUUCACAAGAUCGAGAUCAACAGGACGGAAUGGGAGGUACCGGAGCGAUAUCAGUUGCUCACUCCGGUAGGCUCAGGUGCUUACGGCCAAGUCUGUUCCGCUGUUGACACAACCACUGGGCAGAAAGUCGCGAUCAAGAAGCUAGCCAGGCCAUUUCAGUCAGCCGUGCAUGCAAAACGCACGUACAGAGAGCUACGCAUGCUGAAACACAUGAAUCAUGAAAAUGUGAUAGGACUGCUAGACGUGUUUCAUCCGUCCUCGUCUCUGGAAGAUUUCCAGCACGUAUACUUGGUUACGCAUCUAAUGGGCGCCGACCUGAACAAUAUCAUUAGAACGCAGAAGCUCUCGGACGACCACGUACAGUUUCUCGUUUAUCAGAUACUACGUGGCUUGAAGUACAUUCAUUCUGCGGGAAUCAUACACAGGGACUUGAAGCCAUCUAAUAUUGCCGUCAACGAGGACUGCGAAUUGAAGAUCUUGGACUUCGGCCUGGCCAGACCCACGGAAAAUGAAAUGACCGGUUACGUCGCCACUAGGUGGUACAGGGCGCCCGAGAUCAUGCUUAAUUGGAUGCAUUACAAUCAAACAGUUGACAUUUGGUCAGUGGGAUGUAUUAUGGCUGAAUUGUUGACUGGGAGAACGCUGUUUCCUGGAACGGAUCAUAUCCAUCAACUGAACUUGAUUAUGGAAAUUUUGGGUACUCCACGAGACGAGUUUAUGAAAAAGAUAUCCUCUGAAUCGGCCAGAAAUUAUAUUCAGAGUUUACCACCGUUGAAGAAGAAGAAUUUUAAGGAUGUGUUCCGUGGAGCCAACCCUUUAGCUAUCGACUUGCUGGAAUUGAUGUUGGAAUUGGAUGCGGAGAAAAGGAUUACUGCGGAGCAAGCGCUAGCGCAUCCGUACCUCGCGCAAUAUGCGGAUCCAACGGACGAACCCAUUUCUCUACCGUACGAUCAAAGUUUCGAGGAUAUGGACCUACCAGUGGAAAAAUGGAAGGAACUUGUAUAUCACGAAGCCAUAAACUUCGUUCCGCAGCAGCUACCUACGUUGUCAUCGACGAUUGAUGCAGCUUCGUAAGAGUGGUCAUUGCGCGCGACUAAUGUAGAUUUAAGCAUGUAAUGCUAACGAGAUAAUUGUGAAUGACGAAUAUGCAUAUAUACGCAUAUUCGUUAUUCACAAUUGAAAACAAUUUGUCGUAUAGAAAAGCUCACACUGUACAUAGAUAACGUAAUAUCAAAUUGAAUUACUUGAGCUUGCCCACUUGCAUAAUUCAAUGUACAUUUCUGUUCAAUAACAAGAAACAAAACACCUUGUUCCAUUGUAUAAUUCGGUUAUCGGUCAAACAUCAAUUUAUCAAUAAUGCCUGUUCUCUUAUACAACGUACGUUGUACAUAAAUUUUUAUAGUUUACUUUAUGAAAUAUCAGUUCUAGUCUACAAAGAAGAAAAUCAUUGUGCAAUUACUUCAUCAUGAGAAAUAAGUACGUAUAUCAUAUAUAAAUUAUGAUAUUUGCGAUAUAGCUUUUUAAAACAAUUUAGAUAUAGUAACUUUAAACCUAAACAUACAUAAUAAUAUAACACAGUUUUAGUGUUUAUUAUUUUUUAAUAAUAAUUGCUAAAUCAAAAGAAGAAAAGAAGAUAUUCUUAACUGUGCCGCCCGUAAUAAAACAGCCAAUAUUUUUACAAAACUAAGAGUAGGAAUUGUAACGGUAUACAAACUUAUACAAAAUACAAAUACAUAAUAGGAAUUGUGUAGCAAUAAAAUCAAAAUUAACAUACAGCAAUGACGAGACAUCGCUAGAAAAAAAAGGAAUUGCGCUUUUAAUAACAGGGCUGCGUUCCGAUUCCACGCCAGGGUGCUCUCUUUCUCUCUCUCUUUUUAUCUCAUUCUUGUAUCUUUCUCACUCCAACAUAGCGGGUGCACCUGGGUAAGGAAUCGGAACGCAGCCCAGCGGAGAAUAUAAUGCCAUGUAAACAUAAACUUGUAGGAUUUACAGACGUACAAUUUAUAUUUAUACUGUUCAAGUAUGUGAUAUAGGAAGAUGUAUUGAAUGUACUUGAAAUAGUUAAAUGAGAUUUAAUAUCAUCUCUUCAAGUCUCAUUUAUUUUUAACGAUACAAUGUAUCGUUCAUUUUUUUCAUGUUUUCUCUUUCUAAAGUUUUGUGUAUUUGUGUCCAAACGGUACAAUGAAUAAGCCUGUUGCAGCAUUUGUGACGUAUUCUUGUCGGCAUACAUCAUCCAAGGAACAUCGGUUUAAUAUAAAUUUAAGAGCUCACCUAUUUGAAUAUAUUUUCUGACGUGGACAAUAUUAAUCUAGAAGGUUAAAUAACCUGGUCGUUUUAACAUAAAUUAUAUUCUUUAAUAUGUCAGAUACAUGGACCGAAGAUGAUACCGAGAAAUUGAUAACAUUUUACGGGCAACAUCAGUGCUUGUGGAACCCAUUUCAUCCCGAAUUCAAUAACAAAUUGUCGCGUUACAAAGCAUAUAGGGAAAUCAAGAGCUCGAUGAAUAUUUCUGGAUUAACGAUAUGUGACUGCAUCCGAAGGAUUGCAAGUACAAAGAAAGAAUACUGUUACGAACUGUCGAAAAUCGCUGCGGCUAUAUUCUGCGAGAAACUAUAUGCGCCUAAAGCGAAGUGGUUCAGAAGGAUGCACGUCCUCCUGUUUCCACACAUACCAAUAUCCUGUUACAACAACUUCAAAAAGGUAUAAUGUAACUGUAAGAUGUAACAGAACAGUAUUUAAGAAAUUAUUGUUUAUUAAUUACUACAUAGAUUUAAUCGCUAAGCUACAUUUGUACGACGCAACGCGUAAUUCUAAAAUUGUGAAUAACACUGUCUUGCAAGAGCAACGUUGCGACAUGUUUUUACGUUGUAUUUACGCCAAUGUGCGAAAUGUGCUUUGCAGCAGGAUAGCGUCGAGCAAAAGUUUCAUGAUAGCGAUACUCGGAACGAUCUUUUGCACUCGUCUCUUGAGGUAUCGGCAGAUAAGCAAAUUUGCUCAAAUGACACAUGUGAAAUGCGCGAGUUCCUUUCGCAGAUCGAGUUGUGUUUAACAUUGAGGUCACUUGCCAUUUAUGUAACGACUUUAUGUAACUAAGGCAUCACGAAAUAAAUUUAUAGUGAUAUUUUUCAA